UUACUCUAUUCAGACCCGACCAAGCCCUCUGAGAAGUCCGUUAUGACGGCAGGGCAGGAGAACCCAGAAUCUUCCGCUGAGCCGGGAGAACUGACGGCAGUUCUCAAGGAUGUACCCGCUGCAGCCGACGGACCCAUGGGUGACAGUGGACGGGGUCCAGGGCAAGAGAACCCAGAAGCUGAGCUGAAAGAAGUGGCGGAUGUGUCGAAGGACCAAGAGGUCCCGCAUCUGCUCACCGCAGCCGACGGACCCACGGGUGACAUUAACUCCAGCCAGGGUCCAGACGUGACGUCACUGGUCAAGGAUAAAGAGACGAACUCACAGGCUGUGGACAAAGACAAGGAGACGGCAACUCCACAGGGAGGCAACUCCACAACCAAGCCAAAGAAGGAUAAAUACGACCCUGAGUUGGAACAGAUGGAGCACGUGUGGUCAGUCGAGGAUCUGUGGGACGAGUUCACCACCAUGAGAGAAUACGCGGACGAUCUUGACGCGUAUGCUGAGUCCCUCCGAGGCAAGCUGGCAGCCAGCGUGCCUCAUGUUCUAGACUACCCGGUGAUCAAGAACCUGCUCGCGUACGUGCCCGAGCGCAAGUCAUACGAUUUGCCCGACACAGAAGGGCUGAACUCAGAUGAUCUUGAUGACAUUGAAGACACUCUUGUCCGCUUGUUGAAAGAUGAAGCGAAUCGCGCGACAUACUUGAGAAGAUGGGUGAUAGACGAGCUUUUGUCCGUGGCCAUGGAAGUGGCUCCGCAUGUACUAGGGGCACAGGAAUAAGUCCUUGUACAUGUGACACAUACAAAAGAGGGGGGCUACAGUUUUGAUGAAGGGACACAGGAAUAAGUCCUUGUGACACUUACAAAAGAGGGGCUACAGUUUUGAUGAAGGGACACAGGAAUAAGUCCUUGUGACACUUACAAAAGUGGGGGGCUACAGUUUUGAUGAAGGGACACAGGAAUAAGUCCUUGUGACACUUACAAAAGAGGGGCUACAGUUUUGAUGAAGGGGCACAGGAAUAAGUCCUUGUGACACUUUAACACACAAUACAAAAGUCGGGCUACAGUUUUGAUGAAGGGGCACAGGAAUAAGUCCUUGUGACACUUACAAAAGAGGGGCUACAGUUUUGAUGAAGGGGCACAGGAAUAAGUCCUUGCGACACGUACAAAAGAGGGGCUACAGUUUUGAUGAAGGGGCACAGGAAUAAGUCCUUGCGACACUUACAAAAGUGGCGCUACAGUUUUGAUGAAGGGGCACAGGAAUAAGUCCUUGCGACACUUACAAAAGUGGCGCUACAGUUUUGAUGAAGGGGCACAGGAAUAAGUCCUUGUGACACUUACAAAAGAGGGGCUACAGUUUUGAUGAAGGGGCACAGGAAUAAGUCCUUGCGACACUUACAAAAGUGGGGCUACAGUUUUGAUGAAGGGGCACAGGAAUAAGUCCUUGCGACACUUACAAAAGUGGGGCUACAGUUUUGAUGAAGGGGCACAGGAAUAAGUCCUUGUGACACUUACAGAAGAGGUGCUAUAGUUUUGAUGAAGGGGCAUAGGAAUAAGUUCAUGUGACACUUACAGAAGAGGUGGGCUACAGUUUUGACGAAGGGGCACAGGAAUAAGUCCUUGUGACAGUUACAAAAGAGGGGGCCACAGUUUUGAUGAAGGGGCACAGGAAUAAGUCCUUGUGACACUUACAAAAGAGGUGGGCUGCAGUUUUGAUGAAGUCGCAAAUGUGACUUUAUAUGUUGACCUGAUAUAACAAUUCAUAGAUUUUAAAACCAUUAUCAGCAUGUGUAGUAUUUGUCUGAAAGAAUAUAUUUCAGGCUGAGAUCUGUACCUUUGGCUGGUGUUAAAAUGUUGUUGCUGAGUUGAAAUGUUCCAAUCUAUCAUUUCUACAAAUAUGUCAUUACUGUUUAUUUUCAUCUAUAACUACGUCUAGUUUCACAGAGGACUUCUUUGUGUGUAGGAAAAAUGCGUAAUUCUGGUAUUCACUCAAAGAAGAGCACUGCAGUGAUUCUAACAUUAUCCAUUCUCUCGACUAUACAACAUAAUAAAAUUAUGUUUGGGGCCCCAUUCGUCAUAACAAAUAAGACCUUCUUAGAUAGGUAACACAUACAUUUAAACCUGCAGUCUACGUCUACCCCUAUAACAAAUAUAGAAUGUGUAGCCAAAUGGCUACUUUAAUGUGCUAAUGGUUAGGAUUCAGGACAACUGGUUUUAACGUUGACUUCCCUCCUGGUGUGAUCAUCAAUGUCCAAGUUUUCUUGUACUGCAGGCAUUUGGGUACAUCUCAAUUGCUCAGGUACACUAUACGUGUCACUGACAGAACGUACAUAUUGGGUGUUUAAGAUUUGGUGAGCAUAUUGAAAGCUUGUAAAAUAUGUUAAUAAAGCUUUGUUUGCUUGCCAAAUUCAGUUUGUCUUGCCGUUACUUCACCCAGAGGAUUAUGCAAUCAAAGUCCUAACUUGCAUAAUUAUUACGUAGGCCUUAAUCAACAUUACCUAUUUGUCCAAAAUCGUGAAAGUUUAUUCAUCUCUCCUUAACUUAUCCUGUUUCAAACUCUGCAACUGAAACGCUCCUGCAGUUCCCACAGAAAGCUGCUAGAGGGCCCAAACUCAUGUCACUUCACAACAUACCAAAAUGUGUGUAAUAAUGAUCCAUCUACGACUUCUCAAGUUAUGCUGUCAACAUGAAGACAUACAUACGCAAAAUUACCUUCAAUUCAAUAAUCAUGAAGUUAUACUCAGACAGUCAGACAAUUAACACCACCCUAUACGUAAAACUGAUCCAAUCAUGUUUAUCACACUUAUGGAAAAGCUUCGCAAUUAUAUUUCCCAACAUUAUUAACAUUAUAUAUAAUGUCCUUCAUCAUGCAAAUCAGAGCCUCAUUUUCAUAAUUGAAGAGCAAAUGUUACAAUAACCUUCCUUGUUAUGACAAGACUUUUGUUUUUGCCUAUCGAGUCUUGAUUUCCUGAGGCAAUUUCACAUAAACAGUCCAAACAGUCAUGCUUUAACCAUUUUGUACCAAAUGAAUUAAACUUUACAUUUUUUAUACAGGUGAUCAGUUAAUACCCAUUGAAUCAACCUGGCAGAUACUUGACACUAUUGCACUGAUUAUCUCUAAGAUGAAUUAAAAAGGCCACAUUUGUGAGCAAAUACAU